GCUGACAACUCAGGGGACAUCUACACUGGUCAUCAGUGCCCUGAUGAUCAGUGUAGCCCCAUCAAUGCCACAUAUCAGUGCCUACCAGUGCACAUCAAUGCCACAUAUCAGUGCCCAUCUGAGCUGCCUUUCAGUGGCAACUAUCAGUGCAGCCUAUCAGUGCCAUAUAUGAGUUCUGCCUUUCAGUGCCCAUCAGUGCCACCUACCAGUGCCUCCUCAUCAGUACCGCCUAUCAGUGCCAGAUAUGAGCGCUGCCUUUCAGUGCCCAUCAGUGAUG